GGCAAUUAUUUUUAAUAUCUGCAAGUGUAAAUAUCAAAAAAGCAAUAGAGAAGAGUAAAAAAUAAAAAUUUAAUUUGUGCGAUAGUCCUACAUAUUUAGGUGAAUUCCGUACAAUGUCUUUGGUUCGCCUUGGAGGAUUGGCCAGGACUAUAUUUGCCAGUCGGCAAAUAUCAAAUGUGUACUCUAAUGCAAAAGCGCUACCUUUAAUAUCUGUACAAAAAUGUAUAGAGCAGAAUUCAUUUAAAAAUGAACGUUUCCAUUCAAGAGGUUAUAAAAAUUUUGGGCAUAAGCAAGUUCCAGUACCAACAGUAACAAAAUUGUACCAUUUUUUAAUGGGAGCAAUUUUCGUAAUAAUAGUUGUUGAUUGGAAAAAAUUAAAGCAUAUGAUUUUAACUCCAGUAGACGCAGAAGCCGCAAAAACGAAACCAGAAGCCAACAAUGAAAUGCAUGAACAUAAUAGUAAAAAUAAUUCGUCACAAGAUGAAAAUUCAGAUAGUGAACAUGAUAGUGAACUUGAAGCUGCAGCUGCAAGAAAGAAGAAAAAAGAGAAAGUUGGAUUCCGGGAUAGGAAGAUCAUCGAAUAUGAAAAUCGAAUUCGUCAAUUUUCUACUCCGGAUAAAGUUUUUCGCUAUUUUGCAACAAUACAAGUUCCAUUAACAGCUGAUCAUUACGAGAUUUAUAUGACACCGCAAGAUUUUUUAACUAGUAUGACACCAGGAAUGAAACAACCAGAGGGUCUUGGAUUGGAUCAAUAUAAACGCUAUGAUCCCAAGUUAUUGGGAGAGAUUUUGAAGGGACAUAAAGAAUCGGUAACUGAUCGAUUAGAUUUACAUUUGGAUAAAGAUAGCAUCUUUUACAAAUUGGGAUCUUAUGGACUUAUAACAUUUUCGGAUUAUAUUUUCUUGUUGACUGUUUUAUCAACUUCUAGAAGGCAUUUUGAAAUAGCUUUUCAAAUGUUCGAUUUAAAUGGAGAUGGUGAAGUUGAUUGUGAAGAAUUUGAAAUGGUAGCUAAUUUAAUACGUCAACAAACUAGUAUUGGAAAUCGUCAUCGCGAUCAUGCUAAUACAGGAAAUACAUUUAAAGGUGUCAACUCAGCUCUAACACAUUUCUUUUUUGGACCUCAAUUAAAUAAAAAAUUGACAAUUGAAAAAUUCUUAGAAUUUCAAUAUCAAUUGCAACGUGAAAUAUUAUCAUUGGAAUUUUCAAGAAAAAAUCCCGAUGAAAAUGGUAAUAUAACUGAAGUUGAAUUUGCAGAAUUGUUAUUAGCUUAUGCUGGUUAUCCACAAAAAAAGAAAACAAAAAAGCUAAAACGUGUCAAAAAACGUUUCCGUGAGCAUGGCAAAGGAAUUUCAAAAAAAGAUUAUUUAGAUUUCUUUCACUUUUUGAAUAAUAUAAAUGAUGUUGAUACAGCUUUAACAUUUUAUCAUAUUGCUGGUGCAUCUAUAGAUCAAGCCACUUUAAAACAUGUAGCUAAAACAGUUGCUAUGGUAGAUCUUUCCGAUCAUGUUAUUGAUGUUGUAUUCACAAUUUUUGAUGAAGAUUUGGAUGGUCAACUGAGUAAUCGAGAAUUCGUAUCUGUUAUGAAAAAUCGAGUUUUACGUGGUCUUGAAAAGCCCAAAGAUACUGGAUUCGUUAAAUUAAUGCAAUCAAUGAUAAAAUGUGCCAAAGAAGCAAAACCAGUUUUACUUGAUAUAUAAUUACAUUUUGUCGGUAAAAUUGUCGACAUUUUAAUUAAUUUCAUAAUAAUUAUUGGCACAAUUAUUUAAUAAUAUAGAAUGAUAAAAUAAUUUUCGAUAUUCGGUAUCUGGUGUUUUUCAAGAUUUUUCAAUUUUUUAAAAUUGCUAAAAAUGGUAACUUAAUAUAAGAUUUAAAAAUAAAAAUUUUCAUUGUAAAUGCUAGUUUUACAAUAUAUAAUAUGAAUACUAUUUCUAAAUUACUAAUUUAACAAAAAAAAAAAUAUAUCUAGAUGAGCCUAUAUAUUUUACUAUUCUUAUUUUUUAGUUACUAUUCUCUUGUAAGUUAACAUUUUUUGUCAAUUUAUUCUGUCAUUUACAUUUUUCUAGUCACAUUUUAAAUGAAUGAAAAAUGACUCGAUAAUAAAUUAUUUUUAUAUAAUGAGUUGCAUCUAAUAAUUUGUAAUAUCAUGAAUAAUAUACUCGAAUGAUAAUAAUUCAACAUAAUAAUGUUGAAAAUAAAAAACACAUAUUUAGAAUGUCAAAUUUGUCAUUUAUCUUUUGAUCAUAAUGUUCAUAAUAAGUAAAAUAUUGUAACUUAAAGUGACAAAUGUGAUAGAAAUAAAAUAGUCUUUUUGACAGAUAUAUUGUAAUAAUAUUUUUUUGUAAUUUCUAACGUUGUAAUUGUUAUUCAAUAAGAUUAAUUUGUAAUUUCAUUUCAAUAUUUCACUAUUAAAUAUAGAAUAAACAUUUUUUCAACGUUGUAAUUUUUGAUUAUAAAGAAAAAAUUAUAAGAAAAUAAGAUACUAAAUUAAUCUACAUGAUUUGAAAUUGUUACUUUUUGCUAUGCUACUUGCUUAAAACUAUUUAUAACUCUAAGCUAAUGGCGUUUUCAUUAAUUUUCUUAAUAAUUUACUUUAUUUUUUAAUUUAAAAAAUUUAUUUUUUAGCUUAUUUACUUUUAUAAUUAUUAUUUUACAUUUUUUUUUUGCUCAUAAUUUUAAAAAUUCAUAAUUGUGAAUUAGCUUAAUGUCUUCAAUGAAUGGUUUUAAACGAAAAUCAAUUCGAAUUUAACAAAAUUUGAGUUUAUGAAAUUAUAUAGAAAUUAUAUAAAAUUUUAUGUUUAAU